AUGGUCCCAACGCUUCUCCUGCAGGGUAUCCUGAUUGCCUGUACAUGUGCAUUCCCAGUCUUCGAGCAACAACCGCUGGGCUUGGAGCCUCCGCAAUCCAAUGCUGAUUCUGAUGGAGUGAAUACAAUCAAAAAGCUCCCGCGAGGGCUUCAGGGGCGCUUCCUGCAUAUAACGGAUUUUCACCCUGACCCGCAUUACAAAGUUGGAAGCUCUAGUGAGGAUGGUGACCCGUGCCAUCGAGGCAAAGAUCGCACAGGCUCUACUGGGUACUUUGGUGCUGCAGGGUCGGACUGCGACUCGCCAUUCUCCCUCGUCAACGAGACAUUCAGCUGGAUAGAGAAGAAUCUGAAAGACAGCAUCGACUUCGUCAUCUGGACUGGAGAUUCUGCUCGCCAUGAUAAUGACGAAAAGGUCCCACGCACGGAGGAUGAGGUUGUUCGCCUGAACGAGAUUCUGGCAGACAAGUUUGUCAAUGUCUUCAAGGAUAAGCGACUCCCCAACGGGCUUUCCAUUCCGGUCGUGCCUACGUUUGGGAACAAUGAUAUCAUGCCUCAUAACAUAUUCAAGGCUGGACCGAACCGCUGGACAAGGAGGUUUGAAAACAUCUGGGGUAAAUUUAUACCAGAGCAUCAGCUCCAUACAUUCGUGGAAGGUGGCUGGUUCACCAGCGAGGUCAUCCCGGGCAAAUUAUCGGUCAUUAGCCUGAAUACCAUGUACUUCUUUGACUCCAACUCGGCAGUCGAUGGGUGCGCAGCCAAAUCCGAGCCUGGAUAUGAACACAUGGAAUGGCUUCGGGUUCAACUUCAGUUAAUGCGCAACCGUGACAUGAAGGCCAUUCUCAUUGGACAUGUACCUCCCGCUCGGACGGACAGCAAGCGGAAUUGGGACGAGACAUGCUGGCAGAAGUACGCGCUUUGGGUUCAUCAAUAUCGUGACGUGAUCGUUGGUAGCGCCUAUGGUCAUAUGAACAUCGACCAUUUCAUCCUCCAGGACCAUCACGAGGUGGAUAUUGCUGAUAACAAUGAGGAUGCUGUAUCCACCAGGACAUCAGAGGACGCUACUGGAGACAUCUCGAUCCAGUCCCGAUCAGGCUAUCUCAAUAGUCUCAGGAAAGAGUGGACUAAGAUGCCAUCACCGCCAGCCGAUACAUUCACAGAGAACAGCUCAGCGGGCGAUUGGUUCUCGGAGGAUGCGACGUCUGAUGACAUUGAAGACACUCAGGCCGGAAAGUCCAGGAGAAAGAGAUAUCGCCGAUUCUUGAAGAAGAUUGGUGGAACCUGGGCUGAGCGCUACAGUGUUUCGCUUGUGUCACCGAGCCUGGUUCCCAACUAUUUCCCCACGUUGCGGGUCGUCGAAUACAACAUCACUGGCCUUGAUACGAUUAACGAGGCCGAAUAUUCAACCGUUAGUGAUAUCUCUGGUCGCUCAGCUAACGAGGUUGAGGAAGAUCCAAUGGACUCUGAGCCGACACAGGAUCUGGGUGUGAAAGACAAAGGAAAGGGAAAGAAGAGGAAGGAUAAAAAGAAGAAAAAGAAGAAGAAGCCAUCAUUCAAGGUUCCAGAGCCCCCGUCCUCCACUGCACCACCGGGGCCGGCAUAUUCGAAUCAGCCAUUGACAUGGCUCGGUUAUACUCAGUAUUUUGCAAAUUUGACAAGGAUUAACAAUGAAUAUGCCAAGCAACAUUAUCUGUUCGCGGAGAAUUUGAUUAGCAUCCCCGAAGGAGAUGGGGUCAACAUGACAGGGUACAAUAACCCUUUUGCCUUCGAGGUUGAAUACAACACUAGAACAGACAAGGUCUACCGACUGGAAGAUCUUACUGUUCGCAGUUAUUUCAAGCUGGCCACUCGGAUAGCAAAGUCCGAAGCUGGUCAGAGCGAGGUAUCGGAAAUAGGGACGUCGAUCAAUGCUACUGAUGACGAUAUUGAACGAGUUACGACGAAACAAAAGUGGAAGAAGACUCGAAACCGAGCAUGGGAAACAUUUCUAAAACGCGCAUUUGUUGGAUACUAUAAGAGUGGUGAGGUCGAUGAGGACUAA